CUCUCUCUCUCCCUCUUUUUGUUCCGAGGGUUGUUCUAAGUUUCAGAAGAGACAGAUAUCUAGCGAGAGGUCGGGUUUACUGUGGAGAGCGCCUCAUCUUUGCUGAAGGAGCUCUUUCUUCCCCCCCUCCCCUGAAGUCGGAAGAGCGGUUUCGCCCGGAAUGAUGGGCUAUUUCUUUAAAUGAUAAAGUCUGAGAAAUGUCUCUUUCUGUGGAGGACAACGCCAGCUCCGCUGCCAUAAUGCACGGGCAAAAACAAGCGAAUGCUUCCGUCCUCAUGACAACAUCUGGAGCCGCCAGGACCCAAAGAUCUCAGAGUGCCUAAUGCCAUUAAUGUCUAUUUGGCAUUAACACCCACAACUAAGGAGUCUGUCCCUCCCACAACUCUUCCGUCUCAAUCCUGGUGCUGAGAAGGUUAGUUCUCUCGCAUUUUGAUCCCAGUUCCAAUGGAGAACCUCAGCGAACUGCAGAACCCGUUGCUGGACAAAAACAGUAAGCACAUGGUCAAUGGUUACGGAGGAGAAUUCCCCAAUAACCAGUACCAAGAAAACAUUAUUAAUUACUUUGCUGGAGGAGGAGGAGGAGGUCCAGGUGGAGGUGAGGGCGGUGAAGGAGGAGGAAAGGUAAAUAACGGGAAUGUAGUCAGUGGAGGAAGUCACAGCACCAAUGGGAAGGUGAAGUCGCAGCAGUUUCUGGAUGCCGCCUCUCUGCAUCUGGCGGUGGAGGCUUUCUACAGGCCUAACUUCAUCUUGUACAAGGAGGACAGUGGAAGCAUCAAAGCUAAGGAAUACAAAAGUGAGUGCUGUGAGACCACCUUUACUGAGAAGAAGGCAAAGGAGGUCUCCAACACAGCGGGAGGGGACACGCCCGGCACAGAGGACCCUCAAUCCAAGCUGCUUGAAGAUGGAGAACAUGUAAAGAUUCAAACCGUUUCGUACGAGGUGGAGGAGGAGGAAUAUGUGGAGUAUGAGACGGACUGCUCCAGUGACAGUGAGAGCGAAGAUAACUUCAUAGUUGUCCCACCACGAGACCACCUUGGCCUGGCUAUCUUCUCCAUGCUCUGCUGUUUCUGGCCUUUGGGGAUAGCAGCCUUUUACUUCUCACAGGGGACCACCAAGGCGGUGAACAAAGGAGACUUCUCACUGGCCAACAUCGCCUCCCGGAGGGCUUUGUUCCUCGCUGCCCUAGCCAUCACUAUAGGCACCGGUGUUUAUGUAGGAGUGGUGGUAGCUCUCAUUGCCUACCUCUCUAAACCAGGACACAUAUAGCAGAAGCACCCUGUUUUCCAUCUCCUGGGAGCCUGGGAAAAGAACAAACCCCCUCUGGGGAGACAGAGUUGCACCUGCAGACUUUGAGAAAACUUUUAUGUGGAUGUACAGUUUUUUUCUGUCUUUUCUUUUCCAUCCACCUUCCUCUCUUUUCUGCCUUCUCCUACAAAAGACCAUCUGGUGUCCAGGACAAGCCACAUUGACUAGAGACAGACUAAGCUUCAGGGGAACGAUGGGGGCACACAGGAAAAAAGGGAACUUUGACUUAUUUGGCUGUUUUUAUCUCCACAGAUGUGAUGACAAAGUUUCUUUCGGUUGACUUGGUCCUUGUUGUCUUUGACUGGAUUUUAUCUCCCCAGGUUCCUAUACUGAGCUCCAAAGGAGAAAACAGAGAAUAUCAUUCAGAAAUCAAGUAACUGACUAUCAUCGUUAAAGACGCUAAGAAAUAAUAUGCUCAUUUAAACCAACUCUGCAUUUAUUACAGCUAAUGUUAUAUCUCAAAUUUCUUUGGGCAGACUUGUCUUGCAGAAAUGCCAGCUAUGAAUGCACCUUCGUCUUUGACUCAUCAGCUUGAACUAUUGGCAUUUGUACUGGACUGACUUCCUCACAAACUAGGAAUAAGAUUAAGAAUAAAUGCAUCCAAUGUCCAGAUAAUGUUAAGAAAGAUCCUAUAAUUUUUUUUCUCCUUUUGUCCUGUCGCAACACAAACGUCAUUGUAAUUUGUUGUUAUUUUCUGUGUAGACCAACACAAAGAAUUGUAUUUUGUAUCAACUGAACUGUUUUAUGCAAUAACCUUUUGAAUUGAGGACUGACUGCAUGGUUGAGAAUUCAGGACAGAAGGCACAAAAAUCCUCUAAAUUUUAGAAUGUUUCUUAGAACGUCCCAAAAACAUGUUUGUCAGGUUGCAUAAUCACAAUGCUGUCCAACAGCAUUGUGAUUAUGCAGGUAGCAUAAUCACAAUGCUCCAGUCUCCACUGAGAGACUGGAGAUGUCCACUCCAGUCUCUGAGUGUACUGGGGCAGAUGCCCAGUCUCUGAGUGAACAUCUGCCCCUGUCCACUGGGGCAGAUGUAUCAGUCUCUGUAUCAGACUCAAAACUCUUGAGACUGAUACACCAGUCCCAAGAGUUUUGGUGUAUUUAGCUUUUCCCCAGAGUACGAUGCUAUCACCGCUGUUCAAGGUGAGAAUGGCAUGUUCAGAGUGUUUUGCAAUGCUAGUUUUCUGCCAACAUGAUUAAAUACGCUCUCCUCUGGCCAGAGGACCUUCUAACACACGUGUGCUGUUAUCCUACGUAGCUCUUGGCAAACUGCUAAUGGGAAAAUAUAUGACUUUUUCUUGUCUCUUUUACACAGUGAAUGGAUUUCUAGAGUGGGGUGCACAGUUAAUAGUUGUCUUCUUUACAGAAAACAACACCUGGCUUAUGGACCUCUGAAGCUUCUGCAUAGGGCUCUUGGAGGACAGCAAUGGCUAUUUAGUUGUGCUAUACUCUACAUGUUUGGAUGAGUGAAAAAAAAUACCAUGGCCAAUGUUGAAAACAUGGGAGUUUGUCUGAAAAGCUACCCCUACUUUUGUCUGUAGAUGCUGCUAAUUUUCUAGAGUUCACAGAGCAGUCGCAGGCAAAAGGUUGUACUAGUUUUUAUUUAUGUACAUCACAGGAAAAGGUACUGAUCUAGACCACUCACAGAAUUUUAUUUGUAAGAAAAAACAUGUAUCGUUUCCUUUUUACUUUAUUCGUAUGUGCUAAUUUACGUUGGUCAUACAAAAUCCCAGUAAAACACAAUAAUGUAUGUGUUUUGUGAAAUGACAAAAUGUAAAAAUGCAAGAUGGCUCCUCCUUCAAGAGACUGUACAGAAGAAGAUGUUGAUAGAGGCUUUCUUCUCUUCAAAGUGUUAAAUUGACAUAAGUCACAAAAAUACAUAUCGGUGCCUCAGUCCUGUGUGUUUCCACAGAGAAAGUGUCCAAACGCCACAUUCACACCUGAUGGAAGACAAACUCUUGGCGUCCCCUGUUGUUAUAAAGAGGUCCUCACUAAUCUCACUUUAAAGAAUGUCAGAAGCACAUAUUUGAGUUCUCCAGAUGGUCUCUAGGGACCAAAAUAAAAUAUUUAAAAUAAACCCUUGCCCAUCCACAGGAAGGUAAUAAAUCAUGUAGAUAAUAUCAUUUAAAAGAAUGCCUUACAUAUUUUUCAUGAAUAAAUAGAAAAAUGCCAUCUGACAGCUUUGAAUUUUGCUCUAAUCUGUUAUUCAGUGCAUGAGUCCUGCCAUACCGGCAGUAUACUGCAAUGCAUGAUUGGUUGGACAGUAUAACUUGUUUUUCUAUGUCAAAUAAAAGUUCAAGCUGCUGUAAAACAGACCACACUUUGCACAACUCUUGAAUCUAAAUUCCACUCUUCAGCUAGUAACAAAAAAUAAAUUAAAAAAAUCUUAAAACAUAGUUUUAUGCCUUUAAUGAGUGAGAUCUUAUUGAAGGCUUCAUCUUAGCUGACUUGAAUUGUUAUUCUCUGGCAUUUCAACUGACUCUUGUGCGCUGAAGGUUAGAAACCAGACAUACUUUUGAGCAGUGAAGUCUUAGGAAGUUAGAUGUUACAUUUUCUGCACAGGUACUGCAUUCUUUGCUCUGGACAAUUAGGCUACAAAACGAGCUUUGCGGUGUAUUCCCCAGAGAACAACCUUGAAAUAACACAGCCACAUUAAUUUCACUAAUAAGCUACGUUUGGUUUUGCUUGUUGCUGUAAAAACCUUUGCAAAGGUAAAGAGUUGUUUUCUUUAAAUGAAAGCCAGUUUUGAGUUGCCUUUUUAUGAAAGCCAGACACAGAUUUACAGCGUAAUGCAGACUGAUUGUAACGGUUUAUUUUUCGAAACUUGUCUGAGUUUUUCUGAUCUGAAUAGGCUGGCUUCAUCGGCUCUUAAAGCCAAAACCCAACUGGACCACAGGUCACCACAGAAACUCUGGGUCUACAGGUUUCAGUGAACACACGCGUCAUCCUCAUCAGUGAAGUUAUCGCGAAAGACAUUUUCCUCCUUUCUGCAGAAACGCAUUUACAUGCAUUCACUCAUUGAGCGUGUCUUUCAAACCUGUUUUGUUUUCUGACCUAGUUCUGUACAGUAUGUCAAAACGGUUUGUGAACUUUUCUGCUGCUGCUUUUAUUUCUUGUCCAGCGAUAACCUGAGUCCACGCAACAAAUGCGAUUCUUAAUGCCGGGGUGACAGACGUCUGUUUGUGUUGUGCACAUUUAUGUUUUUGAGUUCUUUCUUUCUAUUUUUGUGUGACUGCAUCGUGUAAAUAGUGUAAAUAAGAUGCAAAAGCAUUCUCAAAUGUACUGGAAAAAUAAACCUGAACAGAUGUGUGUCUUCUUAAAA